GUUCAGGCAAGUAUAAUACAAAAAUUCAGUCUCCUUUUCAGUGCAUUUGCAGCUUCCGUUGGAGUGAACUAUACUUGCGUCUCUUUGACAUCAGACCACGGAGCAUACCAUGUGGCUGAAAAGCAUUCAGAUUUUGAGGAUCACAGCUGUUCUGUUCUGCCUUUUGCACUGCAUGAAAAUUAUCGAUACUAACGAUCUCUGUAACAAAACUGAGAAGAAUGACCAUUUGUUAUUUGUGGAUGAUGGAUACAAGGGUGUUAUUCAAUGUUGUGGCAAUGUGACUAAUGUGAAUUGUUCUCCAAAUCAUGGAUCUGAUCAAACGGUUGUGGUAACCACGCUCCACUCUUUAUCCAGUGCACCUAGAAUGAAGUGCAGCAAGAGCAACCAAAUGUGCUAUGCCAGUAUUUUAUCAUUUGACACAAACCUAACUGAAGGAAGUUGUGGCAUUGAGAUCCAGAAAGUUGGCCAGUCAUAUUACAUACACCUGGAAUUUUCUCAAGUUCCAAUCAUACAUUUUUUACCUGGAUAUUGCGGUAAGAACUGCCCAGGACAAAUAGAUAUCACCAAAGCUAUGCGCUUAAAGUCUUGCGCAUCACAGUUCAAUGGACAUCUUUGCAAACAUCGCCCAGAGAAUGAAAAAUUUAUCUUUAUUAAUGCUACAGAAGAAAAUCAAGCAACAUGUAUGUAUGAGAAGAGAUGUGUGACCUGCAAAAACCCUGUAAAGGAACCAAAAAUAAUUAUAAAUUUGGAAGACUCCAUCGUUGUUUCCACAAAUGGUGAAGUUGACGCAACUGCUGCCGCGAAUGCCAUGAAGACUCUUUCUUCAGUUCUUAAGCGCCUGGGGAAUGAAACUUCCGCACGUAUCACCAUGGGACCCAUCAAAGGGAUCCUGAAGAAGCAAGGGAACACUGGCUUUUUUAAAAAGGCUUUUUUUGGGCUCAGUUCAGAGAUAAUACAAGACGUAGAAGAUGUUACUGCACUGGAGGACCCACUUCCUGGAUUAAUUUCAGUCUCAGAGGAAGCAUUUUAUAAAGCCAACUUGUCAAAUCGCGAUGUGCCAUUUGUGGCUGUUUUCAGUUUUCCAAACAUGACAAAGGAUGCAAAUGAUAGCACACUUUUCAACUCUUUGGCUAUUGCAAUUGAAAUGGCAGCUGAGAUAAGAAAUCUCACAGAUCCAAUAAAUAUUACAUUCCUAAAACCUCAGGCUGAUGCCAAGAUGUCUUGCAGUUCUUGGAAUGGUGAAGGGGAUAGACCUGUUUGGACAACAGAUGGUUGUGACACCCUUGAGAGCAAUGAUAGUAUCACUUGCCAGUGUACACACUUGACAUUCUUCGCUAUACUAUUGACCAGUCCUGGGAUGAACAUCAGCAGCUCGGAGUUGAAUUCAUUAACAUAUAUCACCUACAUUGGCUGUGGCUUAUCAAUGUUUUUCUUGGGAGUCGCUCUUUUCAUGCACUUUUUGUUAAGAAGAACUAAGGCCAGCUAUGCCACCCUGAUCCUCAUGAACCUCUUCUUGGCCAUGUUCCUACUGAACCUCUCCUUCCUGUCCAACAAUGGGGUGGCCAACCUGGGGAACCCCAUAGCCUGCAAGAUAAUUGCAGCUGCCAUGCACUACUCCAUGCUAUCCACAUUCAGCUGGUUCGCAGUUGAGGGCUUCCAUCUUUGCUCUCAUUUGAUCAAGUCACAGUCAAGUUUCCACAACACAGUCGAGCACUACAUGUUAAAAGUUUGCAUUGCUGGAUGGGUACUUCCCUGUGUGGUGACGAGUACCCUCUUCGGUCUUGGAAAAUAUGGGUCCCUAACCAUAAACUCUGACAAUGAAAAACCUGUGAAAAUGUGCUGGAUCAUCGACAGUACAGUCCAUUACGUUGUGAAUAUUGGCUACUAUGCAGUAGUCUUCGUCUUCACCUUCGUUGUCUUCAUUGUCAUUGCGACAAGGCUGAUGCACACAAAGCAGAUGGAAGCAGGUGCAACCAAAAAAGGCACGAGGCUGAACAUAUUCUCCAUCCUGGGUCUGUGCUGCCUGCUGGGAAUUACCUGGGGUUUUGCCUUCUUUAGCCACGGGCCCUUUCGGAUACCAUCCUAUUAUAUUUUCACCAUCCUCAACUCAUUUCAGGGUUUCUACUUGUUCCUGUAUUAUUACAACACAAGCAAGAUUGCUGGAGAGGAACAGGCUUCUAGCUCCUCAACACAAACCACAAAUACCAGCAAUACCAUCCUGGACACAUUUAAUCCUUAUUUAAACGAAGGUCCCAAAACAAAGUCCUGAGAUGGAUCAAUAUGGCCAAAAGGGUUGCACAUCUACAGACCUGACUCUCCUUAGGAUGCCAGAGUAAAACUCCACUCUGGGUAAAUAUAGGGUGUACCCAUCUGACACAAAAUUGGCAUUUUAGAAUGGAGGGCCACAACCGCCUGAUAAGCACCUUUCUUGUAAUAAAAUACCUUUCUUGUAAAAAAUAAAAAAUAAACUCCUGGGAAUAGAUUAUGUGCAGGAGCCAUUACUGAAAGCAUGUUGCAAAAGGCAUACAUCCAGAGUCUAGAUGUCAUAAAACAUAGACCAAUACAAGAGGUCAAGUAUGGCUACUUUAAAGGGUCUGUUCACCCAAAAAUGAAAUUGGAAAGUUGGCACUCAAUGCUCAAAAAUGUGCAUUCAAAAAACAAUAAUGCCACGGUUACUCACAAAUGUCAAGAGCUUAAUUUGAGUAGUUUCAUCGACUACUUCAACUUCUAUUAAAGAACGCCGCCUAUGUAUAUCUAACCAGUCUUGUGCAGGUGGACUAGUAUGAAACUGGUGGAGUUGUGGUGACAUGAUGCUGACAAAAUAUGACCAUUUUAGUUCCAAUAUAGCAACUUACUUUAUUAAAGCACGAACAGGCACAAUUAAAGGGUGUCUUGUUUUAGACCUGUUAACAUCUCAACUACGAAUCAAGAAGUUGGUGAACUUCUCCUUUAACGCUCCAAAAUAGGAUUAAUUUGUAAAUUUGGGAGGAAAUGAAUGUGGAAAUUAAGGUCUUCAAGCAACUCAGUAUAAGUGCUUAACACAAACCCAGAGUGGGCCCUCUAGACUCAAGAUUCAAGCGUGUGCUAUAAUUUGCCAAACAUAACUCCAGAGAACAUAGGUGUCCGUGUCUAAACAGAGCCAGUCUUGCUCAGAUCCACAGGCUUCCAAAUUAUGAGCUUGUAAGUCAGUGAGACUCCCUACUGAAUUGAGUGACUACUUUAAAGGUAUAAUAGGUAAGAUUUUAAUUUUUUUAAUAGGUAAAGAGGCUCACUGACACGUUGACUCAACCAGGUGGAUAUUUGUAAAUUCAGGAAGCCAACUAGUAAUAGCUCAUUUGCUUAUUGUUACUGAUAGCGAACUGUUCUGUAAUCCCUUCAGCAAUCCCUUGUCUGGAGUGCAAUUUUGGCAGCUACAAGUUCCUUGCUUGCUCACAAUAUAGUUGGUUAGCUAAAGUGAAAACUUCAAAAAGACAAACAAUAUAGUGGUGUAGCACACCAAAGUCAAGAUUUCAUAAAGUAACCUGUUCGGCAAACAUUUUCUGACUAGAACACUACGAAUAGAUGGCAGGCUCUGUUGCGUUCAUUAGUAUCAGCUUUCCAAAACAGUGCACGAGAACACUGAACUGUACAAUAACGCUUUAUACUACAAGUUAUAUUCAGACUGUGGUGGUGUUGUGGUUUGAGGUUGUUGUUGCAAUUCCUCUCCCGACCGCCAGGAGUCCGAAAUUACCUAUUGUACCUUUAAGGUGAGGAAAGCUGUAGCACACAAGCUUCAGCUGUAUUGCUCCUUGCAUAAAAAUACAGACGGAAGAGUUGGGACUCAAACUGGCAAUAACAAAUUUGGGAGAUAAAGGCUAACAAAAUAGUAAAAAUGCAAGGAUCAAAAUAUUUCAAACAUCACUGAAAACAGAUACCCCCUCAAAGUGCCUAUAUACAGCAUUUUAUCCAAGGUGAGACGUUUCAUACAAACAGUUCACAGUACUAAAGUGGAUGCUUAUUUCAAUAUGCAUGAAAGGCCAUCUUACAUAGGCAUUGUUUAACCCUUUCAGGCCCAAGCCCAACAUGAAUUGGCUCCACCCAAUGGCUGAGGUUGUGAAAAUGUAUUAGGGUUUUAACACGGGCUGAAAAGAAUAGUAUAGCAGUCAUUUUGAUUGGUUGAAAAGUUAUGGGGUUGAGAGCCAUUUGGACACGAAUGGGAC